CCACUGUGGUCCUCGCAUCAAUGUGAAGCUUGCGUGAGCUUACUUACUUUAAGGUACCGUGGGUACUUACCGUUGGUGAGGCCUUCAUCCCCGUUCAUGGCUAUUCCAUCCCAUCUCACAUCCGCUUGUCCAUCCUAUGGAUUUACCUUGUCCAACCCACACCAAUCCACACGAGUCCAAUGCAAGACUGGAAAUCGACGGGCGAGAGCGAGACUGAGAGAGAAAGAGAGAGAGAGCGUGAAAUUGAAAUCAAGCAGGAAAUGGCAAAACGGCAGGAAACGGGCUGGGCACCCGGCAUCUUGGAUGCUACCUUGCCUUUUGCUGCUUCACCCAUUCACCUCUCAUCAUCCUUGGCCCAUGCAUCCUUGACUGGUAACCCGCGAUCCAGCCCAACCUCCCCCAUUUGAGUACCGUACGGUGUACGGAGUACCACACACACCACACACCAACGAAUUGCGCCAGUUCACCACCACGACGAAAUGAACCUGGCCUUGCCUUGCUUUUUUCCCUUUUUUCCCUCUCUCACUCUCUCUUGCGCGCACGCACACACACAUCCUCGCCCGCCCACCCCCCGGUCCCAUCUGCUCUUGCUGCCCACUCCGGAUGGGCUUGUCCCAACUUGCAACUUGCAAGACUCGCUGACCCAAACCCAAACCCGACCUGCAUUGGCUCUGUUUCUGGCUCACACCUCUCUCUUACACACAAGUCGCACCUUUGUUUAUUUAACCGCCCUUCCCACCCCAUCCCAACCUCCCACCCGUUCAUCUGAAGGAGCUCUAGAAACAAAACACGAGCGACAGAAGAGACAGAGAAAAAACUGAGUCUGCGAGGCUUUGCUCGUCUGCUUUUCUCACUGCUUACUCUACCUACCUUGGUAGCUCCCCUUCUUCGGCCGCCGUUGUCUUUGUCCAUCUCAAGACUCGAUCGAUCCGUCGUCGCCUGUCGCCUGUCGCAAGCGCAGUAAUAACAACGAAAACAACACCACCGCUACCGCAGGCGCAUCUUGUCGCAUCUUGUCGCAUCAUUUAACCACGCAGCAAUCAAUAGCUCAUUGCCCGGCCGUUCAGCCUUCCGACCGCCCACCAUGUUGUUCGCCGUCAUGUUUGCGGCGACGCGAUUCCUCCAAAUCGUCACCUUGAUACCCACCAUGGGCAUGCUUGCCUGGUUCGUCGAUGGCUUCGUAAAGCGCAACGUAAUCGUUCCCGACUCCAUCCUUGUCCUCUUCAUCGUCUCCGUCCUCGCCCUCGCCUGGGCUAUCUUCACCCUCUUCAGCUACCACCGCAGCAGCACAAAUGCACUCUUCGUCGCAGUCAUCGACCUCGGCUUCGUUGGUGCCUUCAUUGCCGCCGUCUGGUACCUUCGCGGCAUCAACUACGUCGACUGCACGAAUCUCGCUCGCGACGGACGCUGGUCUGCGAACUUCCCCGGCCUCGUCACCAUCUCUGGGCCCCGAUUCAACCUCUUCACCGACAAGCCCUGUGCCAUGCUCAAGGCAUCCUGGGUCUUUGGCAUCAUCAACACCAUUCUCUUCUUCUUCACCGCUGUUCUCGCCUGGAUGCACGGUGACCGCCUGUCCUCCAGCUACGAGCGCAAGUCCUACCACCACGGCCGUCACCGCCGCCACCGCUCCCACAGCCACCGCUCCCACAGCCGUCGCAGCUCCCACUCUCACCGUCGCGUCUACGUUUGAGACCUAUCCAGUCGAGAUUUAUGACAAUCGCACUGACUUUAUUACUUUUUGGAGAGGGAGGGAAAUUUGACGACUUGUACAAGAACGAGAGUAACAAGAAGACGAGAUGAGAUACCAUGAUGUGAUACGAUAGCAUGUGUAGAGCUUGAGACCGAUGCUCAGGAAUGGUUCAUGUAAUUCCAGCGACCUGGCGCGUAGUGGACGGCAUAUCCGUUCAUGAUGACGAAUCUAAUGACUUUGAUUCACGACAUCUUCUUUCUGCC